AUGCCUACAAAAUCAGACUCGUACUAUCUCGGUCUUGACCUGUCCACACAGCAGUUAAAGUGCACCCUUAUUGACCAAGAUCAUUCCAUCGUUCUCGAAGAAGCCGUCAACUUUGACAAUGACCUCCCUGAGUUUGGUAUUCGCCAUGGCGCAAUUCAAAACGGCAAUGUUGUCACAUCUCCCACCCUCAUGUGGGUCAAAGCUCUCGACAUUCUACUUUCCAAACUAGAGAAAAGUCGAUAUAUUGGAAAAAUUAAAGCCAUAUCAGGAGCUGGUCAGCAACAUGGAAGCGUUUAUUGGUCUCAGCAUGGCAUUGAGAAAUUGGGUCAUCUAGACCCUAGGCUCACCUUGACCGAGCAAUUGAAGGACGGCUUUUCGAUUGAACAAUCUCCUAUCUGGCAAGAUGCUAGCACAACGCGCGAAUGUCGUGCUCUUGAAGAAUUCUGUGGUGGUCCUGAGGCAUUGGCUAAGCGCACAGGCUCAAAAGCAUAUGAGCGCUUUACUGGAAACCAGAUCGCAAAGAUUUAUGCAGAGAGCGGAGAGAAAUAUAACGAAACAUCUCAUAUUAGCCUUGUAAGCUCUUUUCUCGCAAGUCUUUUGGUCGGAAAGCUGGCGCCAGUCGAUUCAGCAGAGGGAUCGGGCACCAAUUUGAUGAACAUCAAGACACAUCGAUGGGAUGAGCAGCUUUUACAAAAGUGUGGUGGGGAUCAAUUGUCAAAAAAACUUGCUCUGGAACCUGUUGAAGGAGGUGAUGUGGUUGGUAAGGUCGAUGGUUAUUACCAGAAGCGCUAUGGAUUUUCUCCAGAAUGUAAGAUCCUUCCUUUCACUGGCGACAACUCUGCUACCCUAGUAUCGAUGAAUCUUAACCAAGGAGACUGUGUAAUCUCGCUUGGAACUUCUGAUACAGUAUUGGUAUAUUUGAAGCAAGGGGAGGCUGAGCCCACUACUGAAUCCCAUCUGAUGGCACAUCCUAUUGAUACCACUGGAUUUAUGGGCAUGUUAUGUUAUAAGAAUGGAUCUCUUACGCGCCAGCACAUUAGAGAUCUUUAUGCCAGCCAUGAUUGGGACUCAUUUAAUAAGCAUAUUCAAAACAAGGCACGAAACACCGAUGCUUUUGGAUUCUACUACUGGAUGCAAGAGAUCAUUCCGUUUGCAAAGGGAAUAUAUCGCUUUGAGAACGGUAAACAAGUACAAGAGUUCUCAGACCCCUCCAUUAAUGUGCGGGCUAUUCUCGAGUCCCAAUUCUUGUCGAUGCGUAUUCGUCUUGGACGUAUGACCCAUGACGGAAAGAUGAAGCGCUUACUGGCAACUGGUGGAGCAGCAGCAAAUCCUCAUAUUCUCCAGGUCUUAUCGGAUGUAUUUGGUGUUCCUGUUUAUAAGCAAAAAGGAAUGAAUAGUGCUAGUUUGGGAGGAGCACUUCUUGCAAAGUAUGGUACUUUGGACAAGCGCUCAUUUGAAGAUAUGAUGAAGAACCACACCACAGAACCAGAGCUGGUGUGCAACCCGGAUUCCAAAGAAACAGCUUAUUAUGAUACCAAAUUAGAAGAAUAUAUUCGUCUUGAAUCUGUUGUACUGGCCGAUAAAGCAAAUGUAUAGAUUACAACUCAAAUAAAUUAUGUAUAAAGUCCAAGAAUACUGAAAUUGAUUUUUUUUCUUCUGCCACUAAACUGGCUUUCUUUCCAGCCAAAU